UGGAAACAAUAACGCUUCACUCCGGGGUCACAUCUCCGUUCAGUGCCUUCAGAACAGACGCCGUAAUCCGUCCCUUCCCCGCCCCCCCGAAGGAAUAGGUGGCCCCAGUCUCGGGACUCGCUCCUCCACCUUCCAAUCUUCCCGGUCCCGGUUUCCCAGGACUCUCAGCCUUCACACAGGCCAACUUCAGAUCCGCCACUAUCCCAGGAUUCCCGAGUCCGGGCUUCCUGCCCUUCCCUCCCAGCUCCCGGCGGCUGCGAGAGCGGCAAGAUGGCGGAGCGUGGCGGCUCUGGUGAAGCCGCAGCUGCUGAAUCUCUUUCUGCACCUGCUCCCGGCAGGAGCCCGCCGCUGGGCUGGAAGGAGCGGCUGCGGGCCGGGCUGGCGGGGGCUGGGGCCUCGUUGUGGUUCGUGGCUGGGCUGGGGCUGCUUUACGCUCUGAGGGUCCCGCUGAGGCUGUGUGAGAACUUGGCAGCGGUGACAGUAUUUUUAAAUUCGUUGACACCCAGAUUCUAUGUGGCACUUACAGGGACAUCUUCUUUGAUAUCAGGACUAAUAUUUAUAUUUGAAUGGUGGUACUUUCAUAAGCAUGGCACAUCUUUUAUUGAGCAAGUAUCUGUAAGCCAUUUGCGACCACUGAUGGGAAGAACAGAGAACUGCAUUUCAGAACCAGGUUCUUCUUCCAGCAACAGAGAAAGUGAAACCAGCAGGCACAAUUUGUCAGAAUGCAAGGUAUGGAGAAACCCUCUAAAUCUUUUCAGAGGAGCAGAAUAUAGCAGGUACACUUGGAUGACUGGUAAAGAACCACUUACAUACUAUGACAUGAACUUGUCAGCUCAGGACCAUCAGACCUUUUUCACCUGUGACACAGACUUUUUACGUCCUUCAGAUAUAGUUAUGCAGAAGGCAUGGAGGGAAAGAAAUCCUCCAGCUCGAAUCAAAGCAGCCUAUCAAGCUUUAGAGUUAAACAAUGAGUGUGCCACUGCAUAUGUUUUACUGGCUGAGGAAGAAGCAACAACUAUUGUAGAUGCUGAAAGGUUAUUUAAACAGGCACUGAAGGCAGGAGAAACAGUUUAUAAGCAGUCACAGCAGUGCCAGCACCAAAGUCCUCAGCAUGAAGCUCAACUGAGGAGAGAUACUAAUGUGCUAGUAUACAUUAAAAGAAGAUUGGCAAUGUGUGCAAGAAAAUUAGGAAGAAUAAGAGAAGCAGUAAAAAUAAUGAGAGAUUUGAUGAAAGAAUUUCCUCCUCUUACCAUGUUGAACAUCCAUGAAAAUCUCUUAGAAUCACUUUUAGAAUUACAGGCCUAUGCAGAUGUUCAGGCAGUCCUAGCAAAAUAUGAUGAUAUAAGCCUUCCAAAGUCAGCAGCUAUCUGUUAUACAGCAGCACUAUUGAAGACAAGGACUGUUUCAGAUAAAUUCUCUCCAGAAACAGCCUCUAGAAGAGGGCUAAGCACAGCAGAGAUUAAUGCUAUGGAAGCAAUUCAUAGAGCUGUGGAAUUUAAUCCUCAUGUUCCAAAAUAUUUACUAGAGAUGAAAAGUUUAAUUUUGCCUCCAGAACACAUUCUGAAACGAGGUGAUAGUGAAGCAAUUGCUUAUGCUUUCUUUCAUCUUCAGCACUGGAAACGAAUAGAAGGUGCUCUUAAUCUGUUACAGUGUACAUGGGAAGGCACUUUUAGAAUGAUUCCAUACCCAUUAGAGAAAGGACAUCUAUUUUACCCUUAUCCCAGCUGCACAGAGACUGCUGAUAGAGAGCUGUUACCUACCUUUCAUCAUGUUUCUGUUUACCCAAAGAAGGAGCUUCCUUUUUUCAUCCAUUUCACAGCAGGACUAUGUUCUUCUACAGCAAUGAUAGCCCUUCUCACACACCAGUUUCCUGAAAUCAUGGGUAUUUUUGCUAAAGCUGUAAGUAUGAUCUCAAGGACUUGUGUAGAGUAUUUGUAAAACACACAAGAAACUAUCUCUGAUCUACUUGUGCUAACCCAGUUGAGAAGUAGAAGAUAUUUGUUACAGUAAAUUACAGGAAUUGAUUUGUAAAGUUGCUGCCAUAAAUAUGUCAAACAUGUUUUUGUUUGUGAUUUGAGCUAUACUUCUGUUGCUUGAAAGUUUAAAGAAUACAAUAUAACAUUAUCACAAUAUAACUAUAACAUUAUAAAGCUGGUUCUUGUAGAUCACUUUGGGUGAUAAACAUAGCACUUGUUACUAGCUAAAGAAUAAUCCAACUCUUUUUUUACCAUUAAUGCAUUUUCUUUGGCAUUAAAAAAAUUCCCUAUUUUGUAAACAUGCCUUUUGAUUUUUCCAUUUAAAUGAAAUCAUUAGUUCUAAGGAUUUCUGAACUUUAAAUUCAAGAACACAACUAGGAUGGAGAAUAAGUAGGUAAGAUGGGACAGAUGAGACAUUGCCCUGGGUACAGAACGUGCCUAUAUACACAAAGGUUCUCCUAGUUAUUGUGUCUGUGUGUUCUUAUUGACCUUCCCCAAACUUGCAUAUGGAACAUGUAUAGACUUUAUUUUCAUUUUUACCCUUUAGUUUUGAAUUGCUUCUCAAUUUCCUGACCCAGGAAAUACUUAAGGACUGAUAUUAGAGCAUGUAUCCCAUGACUAUUUACUCUUCUACAUAAACUUAUUAAGUAAUGUCACUGGCUCAAAAUAAAAUUACCAAAGAUAAUUCCC